CCCUGACAUUGUGAUAUAGCCGGCAUGUGUCGUUCUCCAUUCAGACAAGGAAUCGUCAGCAUUAGUUUCACAUUCAUUAUACCUCGGUCCUGUGUCCGGACACCAUGAUCCGUCUGCUUGUGCUCCUAUCAGCGUCCUGCCUUGUAAUACACGGUUGUCCAACCAUUGUAAGCAGGGCUCAGUGGGGAGGGAAGAGCUCUGAGUGCACAAUCGGGCUGUCUACUCCUGUUCCUAAUGUGGUCAUCCACCACACGGAAGGGGCCUUCUGCAAUUCCAGGUCGACAUGUAGCGCACAAGCCAAGAAUAUACAAAGCUACCAUAUGAAUUCUAGAGACUGGUGUGACAUCGGCUACAAUUUCCUGAUAGGAGAGGACGGCGCUGUGUAUGAAGGCCGAGGAUGGACAACCCAUGGAGCACAUGCAUUAACCUACAACCCCAUCUCCAUCGGAAUCAGCUUUAUAGGAUCCUUUGAUGGUCGUGAACCCAAUACUGCUGCUCUUAAUGCAGCUAAGAGUCUCAUCGCUUGUGGAGUCUCCAAAAAUUUCAUCAGAGGAGCUUAUACACUGAAGGGACACCGCAAUGUAAUGAGUACAAGUUGUCCAGGAAAUAGCUUGUACCGGGUCAUUCAGGGUUGGCCACGCUUUAAAGCUUAAGAUCAAUGUCCGGAGAUACUGAAGAAUCUUUAAAGCUUCAAGAAAAGCCAAAGCUAAUUAGAUGCUGAGAAUAUGCAACGCUGAAUAUGCCAUGUCCAAUUCUCCGAACACUGGAGUCCAUAUACAGGUCCUUCUAAAAAAAUUAGCAUAUUGUGAUAAAGUUCAUUAUUUUCUGUAAUGUACUGAUAAACAUUAGACUUUCAUAUAUUUUAGAUUCAUUACACACAA